AUGCCCCGCUCACCCUCGUCCUCCUCGGUGUCCUCACUGAGCAAGACCGGCUCCGACUUUGACGGUAAGACCGACGGCCGCGCCAAGACCGACGGGCCCGCCAAGACCGACGCCUUUGGCCGCGCGCGCCGCGGGGGCGACCGGUCCCCCUCCGGCUCGCCCCCGCGCAGGCGGCGGGACGAGCGCGAGCGCAGCCGCAGCCGCGGGCGCCGUGGGCGCGUGCGGAGCCGCUCGCCCGAGCCGCGCCGGCGCGGCGGGUCGCCGCCGCGCGCGCGCGAGCGCGACGGCCACCGCGGCGGCGGCGGCGACCCGCGCGACGACGGCCCGCUCCCCGAGCUCGAGUCGGUGCACAGGGCGGAGGUGGUUCGGGUCGAGGCGUACGGCGCGUUCGUCGCGCUCUCGGGCUUCCGGCGGCAGGGGCUCGUCCACAUCUCGCAGCUCGCGAGCUGGCGCGUCGAGUCGGUCGAGGAAGUGGCUCGCGUGGGGCAGCGCGUGUACGUGCUUGUCCUCUCGACGGACAACGGCCGGCUCUCGUGCUCGAUGCGGAGGGUGGACCAGGAGAGCGGCGCGGCGAGGCCGGACGAGCCGCGCGGGCCCGGCGCCUCCUUUGCCGGCGGCGCCUACUCCGCCGCCGACCAGACGUACCCCGACCGGUCGGGCGCGCAGAUGGGCCUCAACCCGCUCGACCGGCAGGCGGGCGACGAGGCGGCCGAGCCGCGGCGCGGGUACGGCGGCGGCUUCGACCCGGAGCGGGAGGCGCGCUUCGCCGAGGCGCGACAGCGGCGCGCGAUCUUGGACAUGAUGUCGUCCACGAUGCCAGCGACGCGCCGCGGCAUGUAUGGCGCCUUGGCCGACUCCUUUGCGAUGCCGCCGGCCUUGUUGAUGAUCUUCGUGAGCUGCGCCUCGAGGAUCUCGUCGUGCUUCUGGUCGACCUUUGCGACGGGGGCGGUAGGCAGCUGGGUCAGUGCACUAAAUGCUGCAGCGACCGUAGGGCUGCGCACGCGGCGAGUAGCUCUUUGGCAGGUGACAGGGCAGGCGUGGUUCGACCUUUGCGAGAGCUCGUGA